GUUUCGAUACUCUCGCGUCUGAGCAACGAAAACGCAGAGGAGUUCAAUUUUGUGCGAGCCUUCGAAUGCUUCCAGCACAAACAUCAUACCUGUCUUGUUUUCGAAAUGCUCGAGCAGAACCUCUAUGACUUUCUCAAGCAGAACAAAUUCACUCCUCUCCCCCUUAAUAGUAUUCGUCCAAUUGUACAGCAGGUUCUUACAGCCUUGCUCAAGCUGAAGUCGCUUGGCUUGAUUCAUGCUGAUCUCAAGCCUGAAAAUAUUAUGCUGGUCGAUCCCACUAACCAGCCUUUCCGAGUAAAGAGUAGGUAUUACAGAUAUCCUGGCGCUUGGGCUUUCCGGGAGCUUAGAUAUACUGGUCAUGGGAUGACUUUGUUUUUGGUUAUAGCGGAACUGUUUUUCUUGGAUGGCCCUAUUAUCGCAGGCGAGCAGUUCAUUGUUCAAACACAAGGUCUGCCUCCAACAGAAAUGCUCGAAAAGGCGGCGAAAUUACAUAGGUUUUUUAAGGAAAUGAAGGCCGAUAUGUCGGGUCCAGUCCAACCGACUUACUACCGAAUGAAGACUGUAGAAGAGUACGAGGCCUCCGGUGUUCAUGUCAAGUCCAAGGAGACGAGAAAGUACAUCUUCACAUUCCUAGAUGAUAUUAGUCGGGUGUGUUAUGGUUUUGAAUCUGAUCCUAUCGAGCAGAUCUGUGACCGGCUAGACCGUCAAGAAUUCGUUGAGAUCUUGAAAAAAAUGCUGGUACUCAAUCAGGACUUUCGCCUAACGCCUUUGGAAGGCCUUGAACACAAAUUUGUUACAAUGAGCCAUCUCCACGCAUAUGCCAAUACCAAUUAUUUUCGCACUGGUAUGAAAAGGAUGGAGGUAUGUGUACGGCGUCCAACAACUGUCGUGAAUUCUUCCGCUCAGCUUUUCCGUGGUGGAGCUUCAGCGACCCCGAUUGCACAAACUCUACCUGCGACGCUCCCAGCUGCUCAACAACUAGCACCAGCAGCUCAAACUGAUCCGUUGAGCCAUGUCCUGCAUCAGUAUCAAACUGUUGCUGCUGCUACGAAUCCUUCGGCAGCAGCUGCAACUCAGUAUUUUUAUCAACCGCUUGCGACUUUGUUACCAUAUGGUCUUUCUGGAGGCUCGGCUCCCUAUGCUGCCGGCUCUCGUCAACCACAAUAUGUGUCAUUUGCACCCGCAACGCAGUCGCUGGUGCCGCAAUUUGUUCCCGUUUCAAUUAUGGAUCCGACAGUUUUAGCUGCACAAGCACAGGUACAGUGGCAGGGAGCUGCAGCGGGCGGAUCGCAACUUAUUUGGCCUGCUCCAACAAUUUUCCCUUCAACAACUGAACUUUUCAUGCCCUCGCUCCAGGCUAUGGCUGGUCAGCGAACCGCCACUCAUUUCAGUCAGGUAUUUGCUCAUCAGCCACCGCAAAAGGGUUUUAGUUUACCUUCAACAAGUGGUUUAUCGCAGCCACAGUUGGCCUCUGCGCAAAUGGCUACCACAUUUGUUGACGAUUCCGCUUGGCCACAGCCGAAUAUAGCCAGUUUGAGUGUUCAUAUGAACGCGAUGCACCGGCCACCAGCUCGUAAUGAGCAGCAUUCACAAUAUGCGUUUAGUGGUGUAUCAGAAGCCACUAUUGCGCGGCGAACUGCGGCUAAAGCCAAAGGAAUUGUGCCAUCUCCUGCGGUUUCUGUAAUCACAAUCAGUUCUAGCGAGGAGGAUGAACUAAAUGGGAAC